ACUCCGAAGCCCAGAAUUCCCCGGUGCGUAAAUGACGUGACCCCACCCCGACGCCACGCGAUGCUCUCUAGGACAUGUAGUACGUGCCUUCGCCCUGCACGCUGCCCUGGACCGGGGAAGGUGGUGUCUCUCAAGGAGAGGCUAAACUCCCUGGGAUGUGAGGAGUGAGCGACAGAACCAUGCCUGUAUUGUCCCUUGCUGGGCAUGAGGAAUAACCCUGACUUCGGAGCCAUCGAAACCCACCUACUCUGGGAUCCUGCGGAGAAGUUGGCGGACGCUGAGGAAAGAACUUGCCGAAAUUGGAAUAUUGGAAUGGUAGAGUCAUCAUAAAGGAAACAAUCAGAAAGUUAUUUUUAUGCCAGCAUAUUGCACCUGAUGAGUAGUUGCAGAUGGCUUUCUUUAUCUAAGGAUACUAAAUAUGGCUCUAAAAUGGCUCUAAAUAUGUUUCGUUUGAGAGCUACUUGUCCAGUCUUCUGGAAAGUGUUUCAGUUUCGACCUUUGAGUUGUGAACCACUAAUUGUUCAGAUGAGUAAGUGUACAGAUGAAGAGGAAAUAUUUGAUCUCAUUGAAAGAAACAAAGCCACACUUUCGGAAAAACAAGUGGGACAUGCAUUUAAUGUACUUUGGCGGCUUCAAACACAGAAGACGAGCUCAUUAAAAAAUGUUGAAAGUGUCAGAGACCACCCCCAGUUUCCUACUCUGUAUAAUUUAACUACAAAUAAAAUCGAAGCAAUGAGUGAUGACACCCUAGUGAACGUGUUGCACAUUGCCCAGCAGUUUGCUGUUGCGGUCCAUGAUCCACUAGUUGAAUCACUGGUUACAGAAGCAUGGAAAAGGUUGGAGAGGUUUGAUAUUAAUGUGCUGUCAACAUUUUCUGCUUGCCUAGCAGAUCAACAUUUGUAUUACAGUCCAUUAAUGGGGAAAAUAGCUGAUAUUGUAAAUAGGAAGUUGGAUUCUAUACAGGACUUAAGGUCUUUGUCUGUCUUGAUGAUCAGCAUAUCUUCUCUAAUAUCACAACAUUUUCAAGAAAAGUUAGUGAAGAAAACAGAACUUCUUUUCGACACCAUAGAUUCUUCUCAGGUCACCACUGCAAGAAAAAUAGUACAAUUUCUUGGAAAUGUUAAAUGUAGUCAUUUUCCACUAUUAGAGCGAUGUGAUAAAGUGUUUUUAAGUAAUGUGAAUCACCUUGAUUUGGAUUCCAUCAGAAACAUACUUGCUGCCUACCGGUUUCUACAGUUCUAUAGUUUUGCAUUUAUUUUAAUGGCUAAAAAGAGGCUCACUGAGAUGAUUCCUUUGUUCAAUCACCCUGCAAACUUUGUAAAAUUGUUUGUUACGUUGGGACCAUUGGCAGGACCUCAAGAAAAGAAACAACUUGAGUCAACUAUGUUACUGAUGUCAGAGGAGCUGACCAGCCAGCAAGCCCUGGAAGUGGUGGUAGCAAUGGAAGAAAUGGAAAGCAGAAAUUCACACUUGAUUAAAAAAAUUGCUUCAGUGCUGCAUAAAAAUUUGGAAAACUAUACACCGACAGAGCUAUUGGAGAUAACUCAAACAUUAAUUUUUCUACAUUUUCCAAGUAAAGAGGUUUUCAUGAAACUCAGGGAAUUACUAUUUAGUUACUUGAAAGUUAGUGUCCAAGUGAAAGAGAUUGUCAGUCUGUCCUGUGCUCUUUCUAUGCUCCCUUCUCCUCACACGGACGAAGCUGUGAUGUCCCGAAUCGAAGCACUCUUACCCCAAUGUGACCUCAGUAACCUGAAUGAUUUUGCCACGUCUGUUUUAAGAUGGAUUCACUAUGAUCACAUGUAUUUGAGUAAAUUUACUGGGAAACAACUGAAACUACUUCAAAAACUAGAUCACUACAGUUGUCAAAGAUUACAACAGAGCAACAAUUUUCAUCUUUUAUGGGAAGAACUUAAAUAUUCAAAAGGAGACUGGUUUCACCAAUUGGUUGUGGAAGAAACAAUUGCUGCUUUUCAGUGUUUGAUGGAUGAAAUUAAUUACACAAACGUUGCAAGGAUUGGAUUUUUUAUUUCUAGAACUAACUACCUCAGUACUUCACUACUUGAUAGGAUAGCUGCAGUGGUUGUUCAGCAGAUUGAAAAGAUUCAUCCUUUUUCAAUCCUUGGUAUUAUUCUUCCAUUCAGCAUCUUGAACUAUGAUCCACCUCAGAAGGAUGAAUUUUUUGGACUGUGCAUGCAGUGCCUCCAUUCUCACUUAGGUACAUUGGAUCCUCAUACAUUAGUGUUUCUUGGUUUCUCUUUGGCCACACUUGAAUAUUUUCCAGAAGAUCUGCUGAAGGCAAUUUUUAACAUCCAGUUCUUAGCCAGUUUAGAUUCUCAACUUGAAAUUUUAACUUCGUCUCUGAGUAGCAGGGUCCAGCUUCGUCUUAUGGAGUUGAAUAGAGCUGUCUGCUUGGAGUGCCCUGAGUUUCAAAUUCCAUGGUUUCAUGACCGCUUCUGUCAACAACAGUAUAAUAAAGAUAUUGGCAGCAUGAAUGGAGCACAGCAGCAGAUUUAUAAACUUCUAGCAGAGAUACUAGGAGGACCCAAUUUUGUAAAAGCCUCUGUUCUUUCGCCUUAUUACUACGCAGUAGAGUUUGAAUGUAUCUUGAAUAAGAGAAAAAAACCUCUUCCUUAUGGAACCCAUAAUGUAACUUUGGGAAAACCAGCAAGGAUGUUCUGGGAAUCAAACAUCCAAAUAGUUGGAUCAAGUCUUCCACCUGGAGCUGAAAGGAUUGCAUUCGAAUUUUUGGACUCAAAAGCUUUUUGUAGAAAUAUACCUCACUUAAAAGGGAAAUCUGCUAUGAAAAAACGACAUUUAGAAAUUUUGGGUUAUCGUGUAAUCCAGAUUCCUCACUUUGAGUGGAACUCUAUGGCACUGUCAACCAAGGAUGCUCGUAUGGACUACCUGAGACAACAUAUAUUUGGAGAAGGAACAUCAUGAUUGUCUUUUUUUUUUUAAUGAGUUCUUACAGUGCACCACAUUUGUGUGUGUUAUACUUAAAUGGUCUUGACUCAAUUAAAAAAGUAGGUGCGGGGCACCAUUCAGGACCCCUCCUGUCUCUCAGGAGCUAUCCUUAUUCCCCAUUCUUAUUCCCUAUUUCUACUCAACAUUUUUAUUCCCCAAUAAAUUUUCCUACUCUAAAAAAAAAAAACAAAAAAAAAACCAGUAGGCGCAAAUAUCCUGAGGUGGAAAGCUGCCUGAUAUGUUUGCAAAUAACAAGGGAUCUAUUGUGAGUGGGGCAGAACAAGCAGUUGCCAAGUGUAGUGGUGCAUGCCUGUAAUCCCAGCACUUGGGAGGCAGAGGCAGGAGGAUUGGUGCAAGUUUGGGGGCAGCCUGGACUACAUGGCAAGACCCUGUCUCAAGAAACUUAAAGGGCUGGGGAUUUACCUCAGUGGUUCUGCCGCCUGCCUCUCAAGCGCAAGGUCCCGAGUUUGAUCCCUGGUACCAAAAAAAGAAAAAGAACUCUUGUACCUUAUAUCUACAUCACUCUGGCUGUUGCGCUGAGGUGAGAAAAAACUGUAGGUAGCAAAUGUGAAAGCAGGAAGACAAGGAUGCUGGACAUUUAAAGGACAUUUCAAGAAUACAGGCAAGAGGACCAGGAAUGUAGCUCAGUGGUGCCUGCGCCUGCCUGGGCAUGCACAAGGUCCUGAGUUUGAUCCCCAGUACCGAAAAAAAAAAAUAUAGGCAAGAAAUGGAUGGCAUCUUGGAGAGAGUAGUAGCAGUGGAGAUAAGAAGCAUUCAGAUUUUUUAAAUGUGUUUGGAAGGUAAAGGCAACAGAAUUUGCUCACUGAUAGAGAUGCAGUCCAAGAGAAACAUAAGUCAAGGAUAAUCCUAAAUUUUUGUCCUCAGGACCAAAAAAGACACCAUUGCCAUUUACUGAGAUGGGAAAGUUUAUUCAAAAUGGGAGGUUAGUGUUAGGGCAAGUUAUGAAUGUGUUGGAGGUAUGUUGAGUUUGAGAUGCUUCUUGGGCCGGGGAUUUAGCUCAGUGGUUCUGCUGCCUGCCUCGAAAGAACAAGGUCCUGAGUUCGAUCCCCAGUACCAAAAAAAAAAAAAAAGAGAGAGAUGCUUCUUAAAUAUUUAACUGAAGAUAACAAUUUGAUAAAUAAAUUUGGAGGCAGAA